CGCUCGAACACGCAGGCUCCAGGCGGAACCCUACCGCCGGCGGCGGCGGCUCAGGUUUCGCAGGUGCUCCGGCGACCACCUCCCGAGCUCCGGUGACCUCCGUCUGCGCAGGUUUGUUCCGUAGGUCCGGUCGAUCUGUUGUCCUUGCACUUUGUUUGGGGAGACGCAUGUGUUGCCUGUGUUGUCCAUGACCUCUGUGCAUAUUUAUUUGAUGCCUGUGUUGUGGGUUCCUAUGUGAUGCUUUGUGCAGAUGCCAUGCUACUUUAAAUCGAUCUAUACAAAUUGCAUGCCAUGCUAAUUAACAUUGAUCUAUAUAUUGUAGUUGCAAAAUGUCGGAUGAGUUAGCCAUGGUUUCUUACAUUACUGAAGAAAACAAAAGAAGAAAGAAGAGAAGGAUUGUGUUCAUGAAACAUUUCUUUGAAUCCACUCUUCUAGCCUUGUAUUAUGUUAGUACACAAAGGGUACCGUGGGAUUUAGGGAGCUUUACCGACGAUGAGCAUAGACACUCGCUUAGAAAGUACUUGCUCAAAGAUAUGUAUGAUGGGUCCGAAGUUGCAUGCUAUGAUCAGCUCCGUCUAACAAAAAGAAAUUUCCAUGAUUUGUGCACUAUGUUGCGUGAGAAGUGUGGCUUGCGUGAGAGCGUGUAUGUAGCUGUGGAAGAAAAGGUUGCAAUGUUCUUGCUUGUAGUUGGACAUGGUUUGAAAAUGAGGUUGUUGCGUGGGCAGUACAAGAGGUCAUUGGGGACAAUUAGUGCACACUUUUCUGAGGUUUUAACUGCUAUACUAUCUCUCCAUAAGGAGUUCAUUAAGCUGCCAGAUCCUUCUUCCACACCUCCGGAUGAUUACAAAUGGAAGUGGUUCCCCAAUGCACUUGGAGCAAUAGAUGGAUGCCAUGUUGAUGUUUGUGUUCAUGUGGCUGACCAAGGGCGUUACAGAAAUAGAAAACAAGACAUCACCACUAACAUGCUCGGUGUAGUUGAUUGGAACAUGAAAUUUUUGUAUGCCAUGCCUGGCUGGGAGGGUUCAGCUUCUGACUCACGAGUCCUAAAAGAUGCAAUGAGAACAAGUCGCCAAGAUGCAUUUGCUGUACCUAAUGGAAAAUAUUACUUAGCUGAUGCUGGCUACACCAAUGGACCUGGCUUUCUUACACCAUUCAGAUCCACUAGGUACCAUUUGAAAGAAUGGGUAGCAAGUGCACAACAGCCCAAAACGGCCCACGAGCUGUAUAACUUGCGGCACUCUCGUGCUAGAAAUGUAGUAGAGAGAACAUUUGGGCUGUGGAAGAAAAAGUGGGCUAUCUUACGGUGUCCAUGUUUCUUUCGCAUAGAGGACCAGAUUCGAAUUAUUAAUGCUUGCUGUGUGUUGCACAACUAUACAAGGGAUAGGCAGUACAUGAUGGAUGAUUUAUUACUGGAGGAAGUUGAUGCAGAACUAGCAGCUCAGCCAAUUGAGGCUGAAGAUCAUGUUGGUUACAUUACAAGUGUUAGAGUUACUACUGCUUGGAAGAACUUUAGGAAGCAACUCGCUGAUGACAUGUCCAUGGAGGAAGUACCAGCAAAGAAGUUUAGCAGGAAUUACACACAAUGGACUCAGGAGAUGGACAACGCCUUGCUAGAUGUAUUUGUUGAGCAUCACAACAAUGGUGAUCAUGCCCAGAACGGAUGGAAGUCACAUGUGUACCGUGCUGCUAUCAAAGCUGUUCGCGAAAAGUGUGGGGUCGAUGUCACAAAGGAGAAAAUUGUAUCAAGGUUGAAAACUUUUGACAAGCACUAUGAGGCUAAUGAAAAAGCAGCUCCAUACAAGAACAAAGUAAUCCACAAUUGGAAUGAGAUAUGUACCAUUUACUCAAAAGACCAUGCGAUCGGGCUUGGUGCUCGCACAGGCGCUGAGUCGACUGAUCCAGAGGUGAUACAACCAGUUGUAGAAGGCAAUGAUACAUCUCCUGAAGCAGUUGGUCCAUCACCAAAGAGGCCACGUACUGGUGAAGCAAUUAUGUGCAUGCUUGGAAGUUUGAAGACAUCUUUUGAUGAUGCCAUGAAGUCAACUGAGCCACUACAGCAGCCGCAGGUUACUCCUCCUUCCGUGAUGCUUACUACAAUUGAAGCCGUACCUGAUAUGUCCAGAACUGAACAACUGCGAGCUUAUGCGAAACUUACUGUCAGUGAGCGUUUAUUCCAUUCACUUCUUGAGCUCCCGCUGGAUGCUAGAAAGGAAUGGCUGCUUAUGUUACCUUGA